AUGACCCAGCAAACCACUCUCGAUGAGUGGGCGAAGGACCCUGUGGAUCCUGAGAUCCGUGCUCAUGUGUACAGUUUGAUCACUGCCCUUGGUGGUAUUGGCGAUGACGGCACAUACUCGUUCGGAGACGACGCCCUUCUCUGCCUAAAGGACCUUCGAAAAUGGCUCAAGUUCGCCGACGGGCAACUGAACCGUCGCGAUGUUGCACGAUGCAUGGCCGAAGCGAACCUGGUGAAGGGUGAUCUGCUGGAGAUUCUCGCGAAGGUUUCCGCGAGGGUGACGGAUGACAGGCUGAAGCAUAAGCUUGCUGUUGCGACAUUGGAACUUCUUGUACCUUUGACGUGGCCAUUCCAGAUCGACCCUGUCGAGGCAACCGUGAAUCACCAUCGCCAUGGCCCGUACAUCCAGCUGGCGCAGAUCGGCUACAAGCGCGCAAUUCUGCAAUACGACCGUACGAACAUACUCCAGACAGCAGUCCGCAUUGCUCUUCCUUCCAUGGCUGUAUCUUUUCGGGAACGAACGCCUCGAGACGAUGGCAUCAUCCGCAUCGCUUUAUACUUCAUCCGAAACGUCGUUAUGCUUUCGCCACCAAAAAGCGUACCAAUGGACAUAGAUGAGGCGGAGGUAUCUCGGUCAGCGGUGAUCGAUACUUUCCACCAACAGGACAUCUUCCAGGUCAUUCUUAGCGUUGCCUCAAGUAUCGGAGACGACUUUGUUUCGCAGGAUGUUAUAGUACUGGAGAUUCUGUUCUACCUGCUUAAGGGCAUUGACGCUGAAAAGCUAUUCAUGGAAGAAACGAAGCUCAAGAGCAAGAAUACUGACGAACUUAAGAGCCUCAUCCAGAAAGAAAAGUCUAUGCUAGCUGGGUACGCCCGGCAUGCUCCAUCGCGCCACAACAGAUUUGGCACUAUGAUCUGGCUCAAACGUGGCGAUGACGAACAAGUAUCAACGAUAUCUGGCCAGGACGUGCUCGGCAAAGCACAGAAGAGUAUGCAGAAAAUGGAUACGACUAAGAAAUGGAAUAAACCCAAGCGACCAGGGCGCAAACCAGAUGGCGAGCAGGAGCGUGAGGAGUUUGAUCUGCCAGUUUCUCUCACUACUUCUGGGCGCAAACAUGUUAAAGCCUUCGUUGAGGAGUUCCUAGACUCUUCGUUCAAUCCACUUUUCCUCCAUCUGAGGAAAGCCAUUGAGCGGGAAGCGGAACGAGUAGAAACACGUCAUCCAAAGCAGUUCUUCUACCUUGUAUCAUGGUUUCUGCGAGUAGAAUGUGCUCGCCGGCGCACCAUGAAGGAUAAGGCUGCUGACCCGAAGAACAAUCAUGUACUCAGUGCCGAAGACGAGAGCUAUGGUUUGGUAGCGGAAGUGAUGAAUCAAGAGACUUUCAUCUUGAUGAAUCGAUUCAUGCAGAAGAGCGAAGACGAGAAAGCAUGGCAGGAUCUGAACGCAGGCAUGAGGUGUUUCACGCAGAUCUUACUCACAGUACAGGAGAUGUCCGAAUCAGCACUGGAGGACGAUCAAGAGAUCGCUGAAAACAUACAGAAUCGGAUUUUCUACGAAGAGUCGACACAUGAUCGGAUAGUACACACUCUGCGGUCGUACAAAGACCAAGGUUUCGGGUAUCUUGACGCCGUCACUGAGCUUGCUCACGUCUUCCUGCGCAUGUUGGAGCGCUACUCGAAACAAAACGUUGACAUGCAAGUUCGAUCGAAAAGGCGCGCUCGAAAGAUCCGCAAGAAGCAAGCCGAAGCCCAAAAAGAAGAUGGUGAGCAAGAAAGUCAUGUUUCUGAAAGAGAAGAUCUAGAAACAGCACAAAAGACAGCUGCGGAACGAAAAUUCGACUUUUCUCGAUUUGCGGCAAAAUUCAUUAAUCAAAGUAGCGUCAACACAUUUGUGGCCUUCACAAAGUACUACAACGAGCUUGACACUGACCAACUAAAACGAGCACACCGAUUCUUUCACCGGGUCACCUUCAAGAUGGAACUGGGUGUAUUGCUGUACCGUGUGGACAUACUUCAACUUUUCGAUAGGAUAGUUAAAGGCCCAGAAGGUUUAGACCCGGAGUCGCCAUCGUUCAAAGAAUGGGAAGAGUUUGUAAGACAUUUCUUCCGAACGGUCGUGAAACGGGUACAGGAAAGGCCUGAGCUCAUUGUGGAGAUGCUCUUCAGCAAAAUUCCACAAACGAUAUUCUUCCUGGAACACGGAUACGAUCGAGAAUUGCCCAAAAAGACACCACGCGCUCCAGCGGAACUCGAAGUCAAGCCUGGUAUGGAGAUGCCCGAGCAAAUUGGUGUCGCCGUGGGCAUUCUCGUCAAUCAACAGAAAUCAGAUGCUUUACACUGGGUGCGGGACAUCUUGAGCUCUGCUGUCGAGGAGCGAAAAGCAUGGGAAGACAUGCAGGAAGCUCAGAAAGAGAUUGCAGCAGCAGCAGCAGACCAUGAGGGACAAGCUGCUGUCGACCAAGACAGAGUAGAGACGCCAAAACCACCAACCAUCUUGAUAAAGCCUGACAGUGAGGAGCGUCGAGUCGCGAUUUUUAAGGAUAACAAAAUUCGUCUUCUACUGACUCUGGUGGGCUUUACCCGCUUGGGCGCCAACAACGAUUUGGGCGCAAUUUGGGUGAUACCAUCUACCUUGACCUCGAAAGACCUACAUGAGGCAAUUGACCUUAUCCGCAAAUAUGAGUUCGAUCCCCCGACCUACGACGACGGGAAAGGUCCCGAGGACAUGCUUCGCAACAAGUCGGCGGCAGCACGAAGCUCGACUCGCCGCGUCGACUGGGAUGACGAUGACGACGGUAUUGAGCACGAUUCUGAUGGAGAACGCGGAGAGUAUGCUUUAGACGAGCCAGCUGCGAGAAGGACUGAUGGGAGUGAGAAGACCGUGCUCAAACGCCGUCGACGGGCACGCACACCGGUUGAUCUGGAUGAUGAAGAGAAGCAGGAGAAAGCAGAUGCUCGACGUCAAAAAGAGAUUGAGAAGCAACUCAAAGUCAAGAGUACAAUGUUCGUUCAUGACUCCGAUGACGAGGACGAUCCAGAAGCGGACGCGGCGUUCUUUGCGAGAGAAGAAGCGCUUAGAGCUCAAAACAAGGCGAAUAUUGCCAAAUCACUUGUGCUGGGAAACACGGAGUCUGCCGUGCCGAAGAAGAGAAAGGCGGAUGGACCGACAGCAAACAAGAGCAGGAGAAGAAAGACCCAGCCAAAGCAAAGAGCUGGACCGUUUGACUUAGACGAGAGUGAUGUUGAAGAAGCAGACAUUGCGUCUGACGGAGACUCUAGCGGUAGAGCCCAGUCAGAAGAGAGACAUGUCGAUUUGGACGACAGCGAGGAUGAGGCCACCGACACACCUCUCUCCUCUCAACUCGCCGGUGCAGCGGAGGUACCGACAAAAUCUACAGUCCUUACCGCGUCUAGAGAUGGCGACGUACCAAUGGUGGAUGCAGAUGAUGAUGACGAUGACGAUGACGAAGUCGUCACUGUACGGCGACCUCCUGUGAGGAAUACGCGUGCUGGGUUCAUCGUCGAUAGCGAUUCGGAGUAA